UAGCUCAGAUUGUUUUGCAGAUUGAAGCUCGGAUGAGGAAUAUAUAAAAAUAGUUUUAUUUUCUUAAUUUUUAUAACGUUUAAUAAACGCAUUGGAGCUGUGCAAGUGCAAUAAUUGUACAACAACAAGAUGCGUCAAUUCAAUAUUUCGGUCAUUGGACUAUCCGGGACCGAAAAGGAUCGCGGCCAGGUCGGCGUUGGUAAAUCAUGUUUGUGCAACAGAUUUAUGCGGCCAAUGGCCGAUGAUUAUUUUAUAGAUCACAUAUCAGUGCUAAGUCAAAGUGAUUUUAGUGGUCGCAUUGUGAAUAAUGAUCACUUUCUCUAUUGGGGCGAGGUGCGCAAGACGACGGACGAGGGCGUCGAAUACAAUUUCAAUAUAAUCGAACAAACAGAAUUUAUGGAUGAUUCGACAUUUCAAGCAUUCAAAGUCGGCAAAAUGGAUCCGUAUUUGAAACGCUGCACAGCGACUAAGGUCUUUUCGGCAGAGAAGCUGAUGUAUAUAUGCAAAAAUCAACUGGGCAUCGAAAAGGAGUACGAACAAAAGGUGAUGCCCGACGGACGCUUGAGUAUCGAUGGCUUUGUCGUUGUGUUCGAUGUGAGUCCGGUGCCAAAUCGUAGCGUUGAGAAGCAAGUGGAGUUCGUACAGAAUGCGAUCGCGAAUAUAUUGAAGAACAAGAAGCCGCUUGUCCUGGUGACUACCAAGAAUGACGAUGCCUACGAGCUGUAUGUGCGCGAGGCGGAAAAGAUUAGUCAACGCAAGGACUACAAGAGUACGGUGCAGUUGAUUGAGACGUCGGCACAUGAGAGCAUCAACAUUGAUUUGGCAUUCCUGAUGCUCGCCCAAAUGAUUGACAAGGUGAAGAAUCGCGUCAAGAUCAUUUCGUAUCAGGAAUCGGCCAAGUCGCGCAAAGAAUUGCUCGACAUACGAUCGGAGGCCGUAACGCGCUUGAUACGAAAUCAAAUCACCGAUUAUCAUAUAUUGUGGUCACAAGGCUCAAAGAUGCUAUCACAGUACCGCGAAUGGAACGAGUUCCUCAACAUAUUCGGACACGAGGCCGGACAGAAGCUAUUCCGUCGUCACAUGAAGAAACUGCGCGACGAUCAUCUCAAUAAGAAACUGCAUCAGUAUUUGGACAAAUUUGCACUGGCACUCGAAUAUCUAUUGCCCGAUAUAAGUGCAUUGAACAUUAGCGAUGAUGAUGCCUGGGAAUGUGCACGCAACUAUUUACAGAAUCAUAUUGAAUUCGAUCAGUAUUUCUAUGAGUUUCCGCAAGUCAGCUGGACGGACUUCCUCGACAUGGAUGUGCCAGACGAUGAGACCCGUAUACCUUUUGAUGUGCUGGAAACGAAUGAGGCAGAGACCGUAUUUCGUAACUAUUUGAAUUCGGUACAGCAGGACAAGAAGAAAAUUGGUUGGAAGCAACAGUUCAAGAUGCUGCUGGAGGAAUCUGGCUUUGUGACGCCCGGAAAACAAUUGUCGGAGGUGCGUGUCCUGUUCAUGGGCCGUGAGUGCUUCGAGGCGUUAUCCGAACACGACUGCCAACAGAUCUAUGAUAUACAUCAGGACGAGAUUAUUGAGAAGAGUAAACAGAAUUUUGUUGAGCUGCUGCUGGAGCAUGCGCAAUAUUUUCUCCAAUUCAAGAAUGUGGACAUCAUCACACAGGAGGAUGUUAGACAGAUAACCGAUGUUAUUCAGGAGGAUUCGCGCUACAAAAUGUUGGAUCGUUUGGAUCAGGAGCGACGCGUGAUGUUGGUGCAACAUUUACGCUUCAUCCACUGCCCCAUUAGGGAUCAUUGUCCGUUCUUCAACAAUUGUGUGGACAAUCUGAUUGAGGAGGUGCUCGCUGAUAAGUCAGCGACCAAUCAUAAGAUGGGCGGUAAUGUUGGUGGUGGCGGUGGCGGCUGGAAAACCACUGGCAAUGGCUCCGAGCGUACAUUGAAUCUGUUAAUUGUCGGCUCCGAGCAUUUGGCCAGCGAUUUACUGAACGAUAUUCGCAUAUGUACGGGUAGCAAGGGUGAAUAUAUCUAUGAGAACCAAACAUAUUAUCUCAAUUAUCGCAUUGCCAAUGGCGAUAUGGAGGCAUUUAAAGCCAUCGAUGUCUACUCUAGUGGUCUCAUUUGUGUUUACUCAAAUCAGCAAUCGUUUGAAACGCUCAAGGAUAAUUUAGAACGCACACUCUUAUGCAAUUUAGAGCUGGAAGAUAAAUUCGAGAAUUUGCCAAUUGUUUUAGUCUAUCAACCGCAAGAUCUGAAAGAGAAUGAAGUUGAAUAUUUGCGCAGCGAGGGCAUGCGUCUAUCCGAAAUGUUGCAUUGCGAUUUCAUAGAUCAUACGCAGAAUCAUCAGAAAUACGUUUACGAUAUACUCAAUAUAGUUAUACUCUCAUUGAAGCUAAGCGAAAUGAAAAGCUAUGAACCAUAUCCAUCGUCCAAUCAUACCGAUCUACGCAUACUUGUCUGCAUCUAUUGCGGCGAUCAAUAUGAUAUCGAAAACAUUGUCCAGCCACUGUUAGCCGAAUCGACGCUGGUCAAAGCCAAUGAGCACUGCAUCAUUGUCGAUGUCUUCAUUGGUGAUGCCAAACGGCGUGUGGAAUUUAUUUUAUCUUCGUACCAUGGCACCAAUCAAUAUCGGGAUGAACUUAUCCAUGGCUAUAUAUACAUCUAUUCGGCAAAACGACGCUCAUCGCUGGCCAAUCUCAACAUUUUGGCUGCACAGAAUGCAAACAUUCCAUUGCAAUUAGUCGCUGUGACGGAGAGUGGCGGUGUUAAUGCUUUCUUUAAUAAUGAGAUCUGUCAGUUUCUCAUUACCGAGGGUAAUGCGUUGGCCGAUCGCUACAAGGGCAGCUUCAUGACCUUCUCAGCGGAUCAAUAUGUCAAGUUCGCCUUCUACAAUCCAUUCUUGAAGAUCGCAUGGGAUAACAAAUACGAGGUUGAGAAUCUGCAUGUGGAGGAGUCAAUUACUUUAGAUUCGGGCGAGGGUACGCUUGAGAAUUCGGUUAAUCAAAUGCCACGCCCACCGCCCAGACAUGAAAGCUAUAUGCUAUCGAAUACACUGGGCACCGAUGGUUCAGGUAGUGAGAAUUAUGAAAUGCUUCCUACACGAUCUCUCAACUCAUUAAAUGAAGAAAGAGAUAUAUCACUAGAUGAAAUCUAUGAUGACAACAACGAAAAACCCAAACACCUGCAUCAAACGGAUGUCAGCGGGUCAAAGGAUUCAUUGGCCACCCACGACGCAGAAUGGCUGGACGAUAAAAGCGAUGCACGUCGCAAUGCAAACAAGAACUCCAUCUGGAAUAAUUUUAGCGGCUCAACGCAUGCGUAUACCACAGGCAGGCGGCAUAUCGAUUCCAACUUGAAUAAGAUACGGCCCAAAGGACCCAGCCAAACGUUGAAGGUGGGUGAAGCGCCCAGUCGUAACUGUGCCAUGAGCUCUUCAACUUUCACGCUACCCACACAGCAACCGGGCAAGCUGAAUAUGAAGAACUUUCAGCUUGUUAGCGAUGCCGUCGCCAAAAUGAAUUUCACCAGCAGCGGCAGCAUGGGAGAAUCCUAUUUGGCUGGUUGUGAACCCGGUGGUGACAAGGAUGCCAAGCGCUAUGAUCAUGCUCAACUCGAUGGCGAGGAUGAGGACUCCGAGGAGCUUGCCGAAUACGAGCAAAUUUAUGAAAAUGAAGCAGACUGCACCGAGUCGGAUAGUUGCGCCAGUUCAACGGAGCGCCGCGUACGUCAACAGAAUGCCUACUACAAGGCCAACAAAAAGGCCGGCACCACCACCAAGAAGAACAAGAAGAAGAAGGUGGCYAUACCGGUGCAGACGCCACGUGUGCCACCAUUUGGUGCGUAUGUCAGUCCACCGGAGAUACCGUUACACUAUCAGCGUAUGGCCGCUGCUGCGGCUGCAGGUGAGAAAAAAAAAGCCGAUUCUAGUGGGGUACCCGAAUUCAUGAAAAGCGACAAAUCGCCAGAGUAUUCCAUGGUGCCGGAACUAACUGCAGUCAGUAUAUUUGGUGCUGAGAAUUUGCCCGAAUACAAUAUGAAUGCGAAAUGCUUAAAGGAUUUCGAGAAGCUGGAGAAGCGACGCAUCAAGGAGGAGCAGGCACGACUGCGCAAGCUGCAGGAGAAGGAGAAAGAGCAGGAGAAGAAGCUCAAGCGUAAGCUCAAACAGAAUGCCAAAGGACUAACCGAAACAACUGAAGCCCAAUUUGGCAAGCUAAUGAUCACAUCCGAUAAGGACGAGAUACCCAUAUUCCUGAUCAAAUGCGUUGAAUUCAUUGAGAAGGAAGGACUCGAUUCCGAGGGCAUCUAUCGUGUGCCAGGCAGUCGAGCACAUGUCGACAUGCUAUUCCAGCGUUUUGAAGAUGAUACCAAUACAAUUAUUGAUGUGUUGGAUAUACCGGUAAAUGCGGUGGCCACCGCGCUCAAGGACUUCUUUUCGAAGCGCUUACCACCGCUGUUCAGCAAGGAUAUUAUCAAGGAGUUGGAGGAAAUUGCCGGCUCUCGUGGUGUUGGCUCCUCCAAGCUGAAUGUUGAGGUGAAAACGGAUCGCAGCUGCCGUUUGAUAGCUUUAAAGUCCUUGCUACAAAAACUACCACCCAUCAAUUUCGCCAUUCUCAAAUACAUAUUCCAGCACUUUGUGCACGUCUCGGACAACUCGAAGCUAAAUAGCAUGGAUAGCAAAAAUUUGGCAAUUUGCUGGUGGCCCACAUUGAUACCCAUUGAUUUUACGGAUAUGGGCCAUUUUGAACAGUUGCGUCCAUAUCUCGAGGACAUUGUUCAGACGAUGAUCGAUCAAUUUCCAUAUCUAUUCUGUGGCAAAGAUGCCUUCGUUAUGGUUUAAAACGGAUGCACAAAAGAUGAUGAAGAUGAAGCAGCAGUAGAGCAGUUCUAUAUAUAGAGACAGGCUUUGAAGAGAACCCAUCGAUCGAUUUAAAGAUCAUCAAAAAAGAGAAAAACAAAA